AGGUAUGCGGUGUUAGUGUAAGGAUUUAGGCACACUCCUCUUUCGCUCUUAACAAUAUGAAGUUUCGGAUUACCUUAAUCUUUUCUUUAGGAUGUCUAUUUUCAUGUUUGUUUAUAGCGUCAUGUGAAGAAGGAUUCUCACAGGUUUCCGUGUACGGACGCGAGAGGAGGGACACCCGCAGACGACAAGUGGACAGCAAUGAAAGCGACGACAGGGAUGAUGACGACGACGAUCAUAGAAGAAAAGAAUACUCACGCCGCUUAGCUCUUCAAAAAGUUCUUAGAAAGUUACGAAGGCUACCUCUGUCCAGACGCCAGCUUGUAAAGCUUGUGAGUCGACUUCGCAAGCAUAAAAAAUCAAACAAACCUAUAACGAUGACUGUCAUUCGUGACAUAAUGAAAGACGUGGUCGGAAAGAAAAGUAAAAACCGCGAUGUUGUAUCCAAAGCAAAACAAUCUGCAACACCCAUGACAACUACAGUACAUAAGGUCGAAAAGAAAACAGAUAAAAACAUUCCUUCCAUAACUGACGGUCAGCUAGUGUCAGUUAAAAAAGCACCAAAGAAACCCGAAGUCGCGAAAGAACCCCAGCAAAAAGAACCUCCCAAAAAAGAUAUUCCUGUGGUAUACCAACCACCUGUUGUGAAAGUUGAAAAAAUAACUCCUCCUAAAAUAAGUACACCUUACAUACCUCCUCCAAAACCAGUGCAACCAGUGGUCAAGGUGAAGAAAAUACAACCUCAACCUCCAGCUGCAACAGAAGUAAAAAGUGACGUACAAGUUAUCCCUACGGCAAAUGGAAACGAUGUAGCUGUCGACACUAGAUUUACUCCAGAAUUGAAACUGAAUAUAAAUAAUAUUCCAGUCAAAUUAAGAACACAGGCACUUUUCCAAAGAUUAAAAAUUCUUCGGCAGCGCUUACACAAUUUCAAAAAGCUUCGAGACAGACAAAAUAUUGUGAGAACAAACAAAAAAGAAAUUGUUAAAACCUCUUUAUCUGGUCUAGGAUCACCAUCUACUUCGAGUGUUGCAAGCGCGCAAACAAAAACUGCUGUGAAAGCAGUUGCCUAUGCUUCAGAUAUCGAAAAACCAUUCAGCCUUUCUUCACCAGGUCUUAAACAAUCUUCAGUAGUAACAGUAGCACAUGCUUCAGUUAAACCUACAAAACCAGUAGGUCUUUCUUCACCAAAACUUACUCAACAUGUCCAUUCUAUCAAUACAGACAAAACGGAAAGUGUUCUUCAAACACAGAAUUAUGACACUGCACCGGUCAAUACAGGAAUUUCAAAUUUGUCACCACCUUCCUCUUCUGCUUUAGUUCCAUCCGUUGAAAUGACACAAGAUGAAUCUAGUCGUGUGAAAAAGAUCAUCAUGGUGAUUCAGCGUCUUGCCUCUAGGUCUGGAAGUAAAAAGUUACAAGUAUCAUCGAAAGCAAAAGACCUUCUAAUUAAAUGGGUCAGGAGAUAUAAAAAUGCUAUGAAAGCAAAACAAGUGCAACCACAUGUGGAAACUAGAGUACAAUACUCGGUUUCGUCCGGAUUACAUAAUGUACCUAUAGAUCAAGUUGGAACUAAGUCUCUGCAAAGAAACAUUCCACUGUCUUCCACAGCGGAACUGGCUAAUCCUAACAUGAUGGAAAAUGAUGUUAUUAAGCAGAAAAUCGAAAAGAAAGCAAAGGAUGGCAGCCCUAAAGUUUCUAAUUCUAUAUUAGAAAACAGCAAAGAUAUAUAUAUUUCUGAUUCACCACAGGCGAAAAGUCAUUUCAAAACCAGUUCAAAUACAUCCUCUAAGAAACCCGAGCAAACAGUUGUUGAAAAUAAUGAGCCGACAUCAAGUUCCUCUCUCCCUAAAUCUUUUAAAUCAAAUGCUAAAAUAACAUUUCCACUUUCCUCACAGUCGAUUAAAGACGCAAAAAUAAAUUCAGAUAUUACGAAAACAGACAUUAAAGCAGAUUUUAUCGAAACUAAAAAAUCAGAGACUGAGACAAGCAACACAAACUUUAAACAAGCACUCAGGUCAAAAACAACAAAGGAAUCACAAACAAAUGAACUUGAAAGCAUGAUUAAAGAGGCUCCUAAGCAUAUUUAUGCAACUUUCUUGCCCCCUAUCAUUGAAGAUCCUUCUUUGAAAGAGAAACAAACAUCUGAAAUAAUAGGAAAGAAAGAUAAAGAUUCAGAAGCACAAAAUAUUCGUUUAGUUGAAGAAAGCCCAGUCAUACCACAUGCACUACAAGAGAAUAAUAAAGAAGUAACAAACUUGGUUCAAACUCAACCUGAUGGUGUUUCAAUGAAUUCAGAAACUCCAAAAGCCCUCUCAGGUAUUCCUAUACCAGUAGUCGAAAAUGAAGUCACUACACCUGUUUUGAAACAAUCGGUAGAUACUACUACAUCGGCCACAGUGCAAAGUUUUGGCGAACAAAUAUCUCACGAUCCCUAUGUUCCUGUCGAAUUACCUGUCGAUGAAAGCAAGUCAAUUUUUCAGACCCCUACACCCUCUUUGGACACUGCAUCUGAACUAAAUACAAUACCUGAAGAAACAAAAGUAACCCCAAAUUUCCCCGAUGCCACCACUGUUAAUCAAGCAGGUAUAAAUAAUGUUGUUGAAGCCAAUCUUGACGAGUCUCCCUACAAAAGGCUGCCUUCGAAACAAACUGAUCAACUUCAAAAAGAAUCUCAGAAACAUAAUUCAAAUACAGAAAACAUAAUUUCUAAACCUAACGUCAUCCCACUCUUUCAACAAGAAACCAAAAACACGUUUUUCAAAGAUGUAAAUAAAACACCAAUUGACACUACCUCUAUCGAAAGUAAUUCAAUCAAAGAAUUACAACAAAAGGAGAGACCCAAUGCUGACGAAUCUGUUUCAAAAUCUAGGGAUAUUUCUGUAUUCAAUCAAAUAGGCAAACAUACAAACGCAGUUAACAAAAUGUUUCAUCAUAAUAAUGAUAUUUCUUUCGACAAAAAACAAAAAACUAACCAAGGUCAUCUGCUAUCCGCUUCUCAAGAGCUAUCUUCUAAUACUGUCAAUGUCUUUAAACCUUCGGCAAAAAAUAUUUUUGAUAAGCCUUUAUCAAAAUCCAUACCCGAUUUCGAGAAUUCAACAUUAACAAGUGUUACAGAAACAAACAAACAAUCUGCUUCACACAUUGAAGUACAUCAUGGUGGUGAAAACCAGUUUAUUCCACCGCCUCCCCCACCACCGCUAUCAUUCAGUACAACAGUUACAAAAACAAACGAACAACCGAUAUCACGGUCUGUAAGUAAUGUUGAGGAAAAUCAGUACAUUCCACCACCGCCAACCUCACCAAGAAAAACAGACAAUCUUCCAACCUUGUCCAAAGAGAACCCGAACAUUAAACUCUCCCUUCCAGGUGUGGUCAUUGAAUCAUCUUUUCUUGAUUCUAAAGUCACUGGAAAUGUGCAACAGGCACCACAAUCAAGUGUUGAGAAUACAGUAAAGGAAAUCCCCUCUGCAUCAACAAAAUCAAUUCAAAGCCAAGGCAGUGCAGUAGUAAUUUCAAAUCCUGCUCCGGUGCAGAAACAAAAUGAAAUUAAAAAGGCCAGUAAUGGUAAUAUCAAUAACUUAACAAUCAAACCAACCAAUAUUGUAGACAUAAAAAGUUCAUUUAAUGACAAAAACAUAAAUAGAAUUCUACCAAAACAUGAACACAUUUCUGAUCUACCUCCUCUACAAUUGCAUUUCAAUAAUCAACCAUCCAUGGUUAAGACACAUCAAAUAGCUUCUUCCUCUCAAAAACAGUCUAAUCAUAACACAGAAAAAGUAAAUAUCCCAAGCAAAUCAUUGCCUAAAUUUCAAAUUUCAAGGACAAACGUUGCUCAACCCUGGAAUAGGGCUAAAAAUCAAAGAGCUUCCUCAACAUUUGUAGUAUCUCAACCCAAACGACCUGAAACAGAAUUUAAUAGAUUGGGAAGCACGAGUUUAGAUAAGGCCGCCAUAUUAAGAAAACUUCUGGAAAUCAGGAGAAUGCGAGAACAACUAAUCGCAACUGGGAAAGUGAAUGAUAGGAGGCUCUCAGAUUUGAUUCCAAAGUCCAGGUCCUCAAUUUCCAAUACGAGACCUACUUCUAGACCACAACAGUCUUCUUCACUUUCACAAAAUACUGUAGUUUUCUGGGGCGAUAGUACUAAACCAUCACUUACAAAUCCAUUAGGGACUUCAAGGGCACAUCGACGAAAAAGGAGCCUAUUGAGUGGCCAUAUGAUCCCUGGAAACAUUAUGCCACACACAAAUAAUCAAAUAUAUAUAGACAUGCCCCUUCAUUCUCUAUCAUACGACAAAAAGCGAAGUAGCCGCGUUGAUUUGUUCGGUGGUUUGGGAUCUCCUUCUAUUGCACACUCACAUCCUGGACGAAGCAGAGCUGAUAUUGCUAAUCCAGGUUCUUUGUCGCUAGGCCCUGUUCACCCAAACACAUUUCAUGAUAGAGGAAUGACAAAACUAGAAAGAUUCUUUAGAAAGCCUGUAUAUUACACACCUCAGCCCCAAAUGCAAAAUAUUGCCGCAGUAGUGAAUAAAAUAUUUGCCCCAAGAAAAUCUUUUCAACAACAACAACUGUUUGCUGGUAAUUCACUUAGUACUUCUUUCUCAAAUAAGCCACACCAUAGACCUUUUCACCUGAAUGGAUCAGAAAGAAAAUCCCCAUAUGCUGCAAAACAGACAUUAUCUGGUCUUCCUAAAAAAAGAAAUUUUGUGGAGUCAGCACCUGUUAAACUAAGGACCUCUAACAGCCAUGGAGUUCGAAUUUCGGUUAGAAAUGAUGUCUCGGCAGGAUCACUUACACAUCAACAUAAUUCACUACGAAUCAGAAAUAAGAAGACCAUAGAUACAUCAUAUAUGGAUAAUUCCUUGUCAUUAGGACCUCCAAAACCUGACAGACCAAAAUAUCGAACAGUUCGGCGCAUCGUUAUAUUACCCCUUCGUGCCCCUACUCCAACUGUGCCAACGGUUCGAAAUACCAAACAAAACAAAGACAUGGGUCUCAAACCUAGUCAAUUAAACACUGAACAACAAAAAAGUCUGAAACAAAGUUCACAAACAGGCUACUUAACAAAAGCCAAGCCAGAGAUGAAACCAUACAAACACACUAGCGUCGAGUACAAAACUAUUCCGUUAAGCUCCAAGACUGAUGCACCCAAAGCGUCAAAAUCUGAAACACAUCAAAGCAAUAGUAAAACAGUAGAGCAAUCAAAAUCUCAAUACACAGAAAAUAAACUGACCUCAAUUACUAUGAGUCAACAUCAUAGUGGGACACAUGCACCAAAAUCACUUCAUACAGGAAAUAACUUGUCUUUAUCUCCGCCACAACACAAACAAAAAAUGAAAGAUUCGACUUCUUUCGUAAAGUUUGCAUUUUCCCUUAACAGUCCUACAUCACUGUUUAUGAAUAAUAUGGAAACACAAGCAACAAAUGUUUCACCUGUGAAAACGGGUUAUUCUGGCUCAAUUUCCGCAGCUCCAAAUAGUGUGCUGAGAGCAAGAGCUGGAAAAGACAAGGCAGGGCCGGUGUUAAGUGCUACUUCAUUUGUGGGUCAAAAGAGUUCUAAUAAUGGUAUUGUUUUUGAGGAAAUAGACCCGUUGUCUUUAACAAAUUUUAUCCUGGCUGCGAAUGAGGGUCCUUCCAGUGGCUUCAGUGGAGGUCCUGAAAUAUCAAUGUCGACAGCUCCUAUAAGACUGAGAGACAAUACUGUGGAAAAUAGCGUCGUGCUAGAAAUUCCAGAAAAGAAGGAUUUCAUUGGAACGAGCACUCAGAAAGAAAAGAAAAGUGAAAUCGUGGGUAAGGAAAACAAGAAACAGUAUGAUACCACAUUGGCUAAUCGCAUUCAAGAGAAGGAACACCAUCGACACACUGCCGUUAAACCCGUUUCUGAUAAAACAAAUCCGAAAACCAGUGCAAGCGUUUCUCCUUCACAUCACUUAAGAACUUCCCAAACCAGCCAUAGACCCAACCCAUAUACAUUUUCUUUGUCUGGAAUAUCUCUAAGUAGCCAUACUCACUCUCCAAAGACAACAGUGCCACAUUCUGUGAAGCCCACCAUUAAACCUACCCUCGGAGUUCCAGUUCUACAUGUAACCAACAAAGCAGCUCAACACACUUCAACUCAACAAACACAAAACAAACGAGAAUCUCUUAGUAAACAUCAAUCGAUGCAAAAUUCUCUUACAAAGCAAUCAUUAAUGGAAAAUUCUCGCCAUAAAUAUCGAUAUCCAGAAAUCAUAAACACUGAUCAUCAACAUACAGGCAAUUCACGUAUAAAAUAUCUACCUUUGAAAAACUCUCUCACUGGAUCUCAUAUGAAAUCAGAAAAUAAAUUUACAAAAUCCCCAUCUGGAGACUAUGUUCACCAUAGUCCAUCUCUUACCUCUUUUAAUCCAAGAAAGAGUACACAUGCCUACAAAACUGUGGGACACAAUUUUGACAUCAACGACAAAUUCACACCGAAGUACACUUACUUACCUCAUACUGGGCAUUCAUCAGUGAGUUACACUGCAACAACCACACCAAGUAGUCGCAUAGUAAUGUAUAACAUAACAACACCAAGUUGGCAACACAGAAAUUCUCUUUCUAAUCACGUAUCAGGAAAGAUAGGACAUUACAAAAUGCAGUCUUUUAUUGAAAAACAAACAAAUGGAUUAUCUUUCAGCGAACACAACCAGCUUCAAGGACAUCAAAAUCAAGUCGAUCGUUCAAGCCCAUCAGUUGGAAGGCAGUCAACAAAUACAAUUACUCAUUUCGAUCAACAGACAGGGCAUACUCUGCAACGUCCUGCACCCAAGGCAUCUCCACACAAUAUUGAGAACACAAUAAAUUACUCGAAAUCCUGGAACACUCAAAAAUCAUCAAACACAAUAGAUAACUCCAAGCAAUGGUCGAACAAAGAUUUAUUGGUAUCCAAACCACUGAAUGCUGAAAGGAAUUAUCAAAAUCACAUCUCCAAGAGGACUGGUAUGCAUGGAUUUGCUAUCUCCCGGCCAAUUAAUUCAGAACCAAAACACUCAUGGCAAAUCACUCGGCCUACCUCGAGUCCAGGUAUUCGCAUAAGUCAAAGGACCCCCGUGGAUCUAAAAAACACUAAAAUACAACAUGUAAUUAGAAAUAAAAUAUAUAAUGAAAGACAAUCUGGAUGGGCGACACCAAAUCCACUACAAACACUCAAAUCUAGUGCAAUGAAUAAAAUCCAUGCUACUUUACGCCAGCAAACAAAACCGGAUAUACGUUACAAGCAACACCUCCAGCACCCACAGGGCCAUAGAACUGUUAUAAAAACCCAGCAGCAUAGUCACAGUACAGCUGGGUCAACUCUACAGCAGCCGACACAAGCAGUUACACCACCAACUCCCAGACAUAGUCAUCGGACGACUUUGGGUGUGACUAAUCGCCCGCAUUUGCCGGUUACUCAAAAAUCUGCCGAAACGACGAAAGUUGCGUUCUUCUCAACGGGAACGGAGAGUUACGCUGUAAGUCCACAACUGCUGGCGAUUUUAAGACAGCUUCCUGUUGGGGAUCUUCCGGACCACAAGAAAAGGCGCUUAGAAAAAAUACUCAGGGUAGAAAAUGGACAACUUGAGGAGAAAUCACCAGAGCCAUUAUCAGACGUUAACGCUUUAAAUAACGCUAUUCAUGAGCAGAGUAUAAAGAACGGAAAGGCCAGGCAAUUCGAAGUAAGCCAUCAAAAACUAACUUCCAAUAAUCUACGUUAUGUUCAGCCAACAUUUAAUGGAGCAAACAAUGAAAACGUGAAAACAAGUCUUGGUGCUUUCUUUGCUUCAUGACAGUUUUGAAACUAUUUCUUCGUCACAGACAUUUUUUGAGGAAAACUGUGAUUAGCCUUUUGGGUAUUGGGUGUAAUGUUUAUUUAAAAAGCAAUCAUUAUGUAAUAUUACUGGUAUAUCAUAUUGUUUUAUUUGUAUUGUUUCCUGUUAUUCACGUGUGUUCAAGUUUUUCAUCAAAUAUUUUUAUUAUUGUCAUUUUAGGAUGUGCCUUGUACUGUUUCUGAA